AUGGAACCAGAGCCAACCCUUAGCGCUCUCCUUGAGGCUAUCUCAGCCCUCUCCAACCAAGUUGGGUCCCUCCAGGACCAAGUCAAGUCACAAGGCAAACAGAUUACUCAGCUUGUUGCCCUAUGCAGGGAAACCAACAACCUUGUUGGCAACAAGGACCAGGGCAGAGCCCAAACUCAGCCUGGCCCAUUGACUGGGCCUGUCACCCCUCCUACCCAGACAGGAGGAGAAGCCCACUCUCCAGCAACGGUUAGGCCUGGACUCAAGGCUCCCUUCUGUCCAUCAAGGGGUACAGGUUUUGGCUCAGAAGACAAGGAGGAACCAAGACUCCCCAAAAAGGAGCCUACAGGAACGCCUAGAAGGCACUUGGGGUCCCUCACCCCCUUUGAUGCAGGGUCCAGCGUAAAAAGGCCCAAGAUGGAUCUCCCAGACCCUUACAAGGGUGAUACAAGGGGACGUAAGGCCACACAAUGGCUUGACAGGAUGAUGCUUUGGGUUGCCCUCCACAGGGAUCAGUUUGAUGAGGAAGAGCAGAUGGUGGUAUGGAUCCUAUACCACAUGACAGACAAGGCUGCCAACUGGGCCCUCCCCAUCAUUGGAGCAAUUAUCAAGGGCAAGGGAAACCCUCCUACCACUGUCCCGGCCUUAACGGCCAAAUUCAAGGAGGCAUUUGCCAACCCAGAUGCCAAGAGGGCCGCAGCCAGGAAAAUUGCUGCGCUCACUCAGACAACCACUACGUCUGAGUAUGUCACAGAAUUCCGCAACCUUAUUGCGGAACUAGACUGGAACAAGGAGGCGUACAUUGCCCAGUUCACGCGCGGUCUUCACUGGAAGGUCAAGGAGCUCCUGUCCACAAAGGACAACAUCCCUGACAAAUUGGAGGCUAUAUUUGCUGCCUCCAUUAAGAUCAACAAUACCCAACGGGAAAACAAGGAGAACCGCCCAAAAAAGGCACCAACUAAAUCCCUGGUCACCACCACCACUUCCACCACCACAAGGGUCCGCCUAUCAGAAGACCCUAACUACGUCACCCUGGAGGAAAGGGAUUGUUGCCGCGCCUCAGGGUUAUGCGUCAAAUGCGGCCAAAAGGGUCAUGGGAUCAAACAAUGUCCCAACGGAUGGAAGGCCAUGAUCAAGGAAGUGGUCAAGGCUGCUGAGGAUGUCAAGUUGGGAAAAGAUUGA